CCUGUCUGUCACUGCAGCGGAGCCUCCUGAUUGGCUCCUGAAGUUGAGGGGGCGGCGACAGGUGGUGAAGAUGAUCUGCAGAUCCUCAGUCUGAGCAGAUCUUCAUCUUCAUCUUCAUCUUCACCUGCAGCUCUAACAGGCUCAAAUUAGCCUCCGACGACGGACAACAAUUAGCUCGGAAGAUCACCAAAAGUUAGAAAAACAAAGGUUUUUUUCAUUUUCGUACUAAACUUUAAAAAGUUUCACUUCGUUUUAGUCGUCGUUCCAGGCUGCGCCUCCUGCUGGUCAGUAACAACAUGAGCCCAAAAAACGUUGUUUUCAAAAAGAUCUGCAAGGACAAGUCGGUGGCGGUGUACAUGGGGAAGCGAGACUUUGUGGACCGUGUGGACUCGGUGGAACCUGUGGAUGGCAUCAUCCUCGUGGAUCCUGGGGCUCUGCAGGGUAGAAAAGUGUUUGUCACCCUGUCUUGUACCUUUCGGUACGGCCGUGACGAUGUUAACGUGCUAGGCAUCGCAUUCCGUCGAGAGCUGUACGUGUCCACGCGGCAGGUUUACCCCCCUCUACAGGACCGCGACAGAGGAAUCCACUCCAGGACCCAGGCCCAGCUGCUGCGGAAACUAGGAGAGUGUGCUUUUCCUUUCUUUUUCGAGUUUCCUGACAAUCUGCCUUGCUCAGUGGCGAUGCAGCCAGCACCUCAUGACGUCGACAAGCAAUGUGCCGUGGAGUUUGAAAUCCGAGCCUUCAGUGCUGAGAGCCCCGACGCUAAAGUCCACAAGCGGAGCAGCGUGACGCUCACAAUCAGAAAGGUCCAGUUUGCUCCUGAAAGCGAGGGAGUGGCUCCCUCUGUUGAAACCACGAAGGAUUUCGUCAUGUCAGAAAAACCACUGCACGUCAAAGCCAGUCUGGACAAAGAGGUUUACUACCAUGGAGAACCAAUCACGGUGCACGUCAGUGUCACCAACAGUUCCAGCAAGAACGUGAAGAACAUCAUUGUCUCUGUGGAUCAGAUCACCAACGUGGUUCUGUACUGCAACGACAGCUACGUCAAAUCAGUGGCCAUAGAGGAGUAUGGGGACUCAGUUUCAGCCGGAGCCACUCUCCAGAAGACCUACACUCUGCUGCCCCUGCUGGCCAACAACAGGGAGAGACGCUGCAUCGCUCUGGAUGGGAAACUGAAGCAUGAAGACACCAACCUGGCUUCAUCCAGCAUAGUCAAAGAGGGGGUUCUGAAGGAGGUUCUGGGGAUCCUGGUUUCGUACCGAGUCCUGGUCAAGCUCAUCGUCGGAGGGUCACUGGGUUCAAGUGAAGUGGCUCUGGAGGUUCCCUUCAAACUGAUGCACCCCAAACCUGACGCAGUAAAGGAGAGUGAGGAGGAGGAGGAGGUGGUGUUCCAGGAGUUCCAGCGCUCCUACCUGAAGGGCAUGAUGGAGGACAAUGACGGAGAAGGGAAUGUGUCAGGUGGAGAGGAUGUGGCGCCCCCUACAGAGAAAUAGAUGAACUGAGGGGGGGUGCUGGGACUUUAGUGCGGGGGAGUUCUUUUAGCUGCUAAAAUGCUAACACGCUAAAGAAAAGCAGAAGAGUUUGGCUUCAGUUCCUCUGAUUACUUUGAACGUUUUCUUUGUUCAGACAAACUGAUAAAUUCACCACCUGACGGUGUGUGUGUGUGUGUGUGUGUGUGUGUGUCUUCUUGUCUGAUGCUUAGUUGUGUCGUGCAGAACUGUAGUAAAUCUGUGUCUCCAGGUUCGGUACCAGGCACCGAUGCUUACGUGUGGAAAUAAAGAGCGGUACCGAUGAUAA